GGCAUAGAAGUCGAGUCCGCUAGCUGGUACGACACGUGUCAAUUUUUCACAAUCUAUGGCUUAUGCUAACCAGUAAUACUCGUCGUAGAUUCGUAGUCGCACCCCCGUCUCUCUCCGUCUGUCCCACAUACGCUCGCUGGUUUUGAAACUUAAAGCAGCACAGACUCGUUUUGUUUCGUUCGGGGAUGAGGUUAGAUUUGGAGAGACGUUGUGUAUCGAGUUCUUCUUGUUCGUCACCGUGUUCUUCUUCGGCGGAUCGGUUGGUGAAAAGCGAGUUGGAGGCGGCGGAAGCGUUGGCUGAUUUUGCGCAUUUAGUUAAGCGAGAGAGCGGAGGUGAAAGCGGUGGGCAAUGGGGGAGCAAAGGAAAGAGAGCGAAGAAGCGAGUAGCGAGCGAAUCGCCGCCUCGUGACUCCGGUUUGAAUCCCAUUGACUCGGUUCGAAGCCGUUCCGAUCUCGGUCAGGACCCUGUAUAUCAAGAGCAGUGGGAGAGUGAAACAACAUGCAAAAAUUUAAUGAGGAAUCCAGUGAAGUCUGAGCAAUAUGAAGAAUCACUAAAACCGAGUCUUCUGUGUUCUGGGCCUUCUGGCAGUCAUGCUUCUUACGGUGGGAGCAGAGGAAGACAGCAGUUAACCGAGGAAGAAAAGGAAGCACGUAGACUACGUAGGGUAUUAGCAAAUAGAGAGUCAGCUAGACAGACAAUUCGUCGCAGGCAGGCUCUAUGUCAAGAGUUGACAAGAAAAGAAGCUGAUCUAUUGUGGGAGAAUGCAAACCUGAAUAAGGAGAAAGAGGUGGCCUUGAAAGAGUAUCAGAAUUUGGAAACCACCAACAAGAAACUGAAGGCAAAGAUGGCUAAGUUUGUAAAAAUGGAGUUGGAUGAAACUAAAGGAGAGCCAAAGUCAGCCGACGUUCAAAUGCCUACACACCCAACGACUGAGCCGCCAUUUCUGCUGUAUAAUCAACAUCCAUUUCAAUCCCUUUGUUGGCCUUCCAUCCUCCAAUCUUCAAAUCCAUUAUCGUCACCUAGUCUUGCUCCAUCAAACAUACCUCUACCAGCUAUUGAGAAGCUUGGUUCCUUGCGACCAGAAAAUUCCAUGAAUCUUAAUGGUCCGAUAACUUCCAUAUGUGUACUGCCAAGUCCUUGGUUCUUCCCAUUCCCUGAUCAUGGGAAUGGAGUUCACCCUGAGCCAUCGUCUGUCUUUAAAAAUGUACAUGACAAAACUGCUGUAGAUAACUGUUCCAAUGCUAGUUCAUCUUCUGAAUCCAUUCUACACGCACAGAACCACCUCUCCUCUUUUCCAAUAAAAGUGAAAUCAGAACCUUCUCACUCAACAGAAGCUAGAUUCAGUGCGGAUCUUAAUGAGAUCCCACCGGAAUUACCAGCAGAAGGAGGUGAUCAGCGUGCAGGGCCUCAGGCUAACAAAAUGAUCCUCACACCUAGGGUGUUAAGUACUCCCAGCCAGACUUUUACUGUUAAACAUGAGAAGGCAACACCAUCACCACCUGUUCCCAGUACUAAUAGUAUCUCUAGUAAAGCCACUGAUAGAGUAAGUUCUUUGACAGAAAGGAGUAUAGACUUGGUCAAUUACUCAACCAAGAAAUUAGCGGACACAGUUGCUGCAGCAGAGGCAAGGAAGAGGAGAAAGGAACUCACGAAACUAAAAAAUCUCUAUGGGCGUCAAUGUCGGAUGAAUUGCUGAGAUAGUAGCUUGUAUUUGGUUGCUUCUUUGGAUACAGAAGGGUUUUGGGAGCUUGAGAGGCUGGCCUGGAAUGUUGAUUUAGAAGCACAGAAGAUGGUUAGGUUGACAAUUUGGUCCAAGACUGAUUUUGAGUUAGGAAGUUUUUAAGGCUCUUUUUUUUCCAUUUUCUUGCUCGUCUAUUGAUGUAACCAGGAUGAAAUUUUGAUAGGGCUGUUGUUUUGUAUGAAUAGUCUCUAAUACAAAUGCUUCAAAAUUUGUGAUGAGACUGGCGUUCCCAUGAAGCUGCAAUUGUUUAAAGCAGUCUGUUCUGGGAAAUCUGCCGAGGAAAGUACACUGCCAUUUUGAUCAAUAUACUGUUGUGUUACCUCUA